CGAUUACUCGAAAACUGAAAAUACCCGAGUUAGUGACUGAAAUAAGGGCUACUCUUGCUUGCGUCACUAUCUCGAUUUUUCUUCAUUUUGCUGAGUACAACUAGCAAUACUUACUACCAUACAAAAAAAGUCAGCGAAAAAAUGGCUUCUUCGUCCUCGUCCUCUGGUAUCCGGACUGCCGGAUACAUGCUACUGAACUUUUCAGUGUCAGUAUUGAUCAUUUGGGUCAAUAAAUUUGCAUACCAAACCGGUUUCCGAUGGAAUAUCAGUAUGACGGCCAUUCACUUCCUAUUUACCUACGUGGGCCUGGCGAUUAGCGCUAGGUAAAUAGUAGUGGUAGUCGGGUGGGAAGAUUGACAUUGCUGUUGAUAGAUGAUUCUUUCAGAAUCUUGUUCUGCAUUAUUUUCCUCUUCAUCCUAUGCUUAUCAACUCUCCACAUGCAAAUGAAAAUUUCCAGGUUUUUCGGAUUAUUCGAACCAGUUUCAUUACCAGUUGCAAAAGUCGCGCCAAUAUGUGCAGCUUUCUGUGGCUUCGUUAUUUUCAACAAUUAUGGCGAAUUACCUACUAGUUUUGAGCUGCAGAAGAUUCCUCCUCACAAGAUGAUUAGAACUACUCGUUCCCCUACUACAAGUGCUAAACACGCACUGGAGUGGAAUUAUGCCUCUAAUAUUAAGUAAUUAAGUUACUUGCAGCUGUUGCUUUCCUCUGAUGUCCUUGUCCUCUUUCAUUCUUCCCUGUCCCUCCAGUACAACCCAGUGGGCGUGUAUCAGUUGCUGAAAGUGCUGACGACGCCAGUGAUAGUGCUCUUGCAGUACGCCAAGGAUCCACUCCCGACUGAGCAGCUUCUGGCCCUUAUCCCCACCUGUAUUGGUGUCGUUCUAGCCACAGUUACCCAUCUUGAAUUAAGGCUUUUUUACUACUACUUAAAUUCAUUCGAUGGAUUGCUUACAAGAAUGAAGAGUGAGGUGAGUGUUGUGUCUUUGACGAUGAUGGCCCCUUUGCUUGUUUUAUAUGGGAAGGAGAACAUACAACCCGUGGUCGUGAAAGAAGAUGGGACGGAUGUUUCUUGUUCUAGAAGAUGAGAAUAUGCAUAUUUGUGACGAAGUCUUCUAAGCGAAGCAAAUUUUCUUGGCGGAGUAUUUGGUACUCUUGGUAUUAUCUCGACCAGUUACUACCAAAUGUGGGUGAAAAGCGAGCAAAGCCGUCUCGCAGUGUCGCCACCACAGUUGCUCUAUAACCAAAGUUUUUGGAGCUUCUGGCUACUGCUAGUUUUAAGGCGACCAAGAGGGGAGCAUCCUGACGAGGAGGACCUUUCUUUGACGCCUGUUUUUCAAGGCUUGAAAAAGAAAUGUCCCAGGAUUUUGCUCGUGAGCAAGAUGCGAGCCGAUAGCUCUAACAGUGAUAUCACCAAUGUUAGAAGACGUGUUUCCGUUUCAGAGCAACGACGCUUUGUUUCACCUCUACUGGGCUGCGCCAAGUGUGGUAGCGGGAGUCCUAGGUUCCGCAUUUCUGGCGUUUUUGGUAAACCUAAGUAUCUUCUUAGUCAUCGGCAAGACAGACCCUGUCAGCUACAACGUACUUGGCCACGCGAAACUCUGCUGCAUACUGGUGUCGGGAUAUUAUGGAUGGUUACAAUAUAACUUUGUGAGGACUCAGAAGUUUUUCAGUACACAGUGAAUCUGAAUCCUAAUUGUUCUUCAGAUCUCUCUCGCUCUCUCUCUCCCUUCUAAUGAACCGUACUCUUUGGGGAGGUCGCGACGUGGAAAAAUUUACUUGGUGUGUGUCUCGCAGUAUGCGGUAUUGUCACAUAUACGCACCUCAAAAUCAUGGGCUCACAAGGAGCAACGGCAAAAAGAGAUUCGACGUCAAAGAAGGAAUCAUAGCACUUUCAGUUCUGAAAAAACAUCUGGGAAGGCAAGAGGUGUAGCUACUAGGUCUAGAGUGAAAUGGAGUCGUAUGAGACGAGCUUCUAAAGACUCUCUAUUCUCUAACAAAUAUUGAUGACUUCAGUACACUUAUAACUGUUACCAGCAACUGUUCGUCCGCUCAUUGUGCAUAGAAGAUGUUGAGUUCUUUCGUAAAGGUGAUGACAUUGUCUGGAAUCACACUCAUAAAGCGUGGUCAUGGAACUAGCACAAGCACUCUAGCGCAAGCACUCCUGAUCCGACGC